AUGGCUGCCCCAUCCCUUUCCGCCCGUGGCGCCUACCGUCAGAUUCUCCGCGCUACCCGCAUUGCCUUCCAUGAGGACACUCGUGUACUCCUCGCUGCUCGUCAAGAGGCCCGCCGCCAGUUCGACGAACAUAAGCGCGUAGGCAUCGAUACGCCCAUGCAGAUCAACCAUGCCAUUGAAGUGGCCAGCAUCUUGAAGCACAACAUUGUACAAGGAGUAAAAGAGGAGGGCAACGAAGCCGCCAAGUGGGAACUUCGGAUUCACGAUGAUAUCGAGCGUGGUGACAAUGAUUCGAUCAAGCAUGCGGGCAAGGAUAUCAAGAUUCAUAAGGCUUGUUCGGCAUAA